AUGAUCAAUCUCACUAGAGUUUUUCUUGACCAUGUACUCCAGCAGCUCAACACCAGAUUCCAGGAUGAUGUAUUUGUUUGCUAUAAAGGUAUUUCGAUUAUUCCCUCUGUUUUACUAGCUACUGACCCUGCCUGGAAGGCCAAUGUUUUGGAAUUUUGUAACCAUUACAGACAGGACAUACCAAAUUAUGCAGGAUUACAGGCAGAGCUUUUGUUAUGGGAGAGAUUGUGGAAGGGGAGGGAUAACAGAGGAGAUAUUAUUCCUGACAGUUUGGAGGCUACACUGAAGGAUAUUGACAAAGAUGCAUAUGUCAACAUCUAUUCCAUGCUGAAAGUCCUGAUCACAAUUCCAAUUUCAUCUGCAUCUUGUGAGAGAUCCAUAUCAUCCCUUCGGAAUCUUAAGAACUAUUUGAGAAAUACAAUGACCCCGGACAGACUGAAUGGAUUGGCACUGAUGCAUGCCCACAGAGACAUGGAUUUUGACCUUGAACGUAUAAUAGAUUUAUUUGCUGAGUUACAUCCUAGGAGAAUGAGAAUGGCAAACAUUUUGUAA